AUGGCUCCAAUAUAUGGCCAAGUGGUAGCUGGUCCACCGGGAAGUGGAAAGACUACCUACUGCACAGGAAUGGAGGAGUAUCUACGUUUACUGGGGAGAGAAGCCUUUGUCAUCAACCUCGAUCCAGCGAAUGAAAUGCCCAGCAGAUUGGCUGGCAAGAAACAGAAGAGCGAUGAUGGAGAGAAAGCAGAAGACGACAACGACGCAACUGCUCUACCUUAUGAACCACUUCUGGAUGUCUGUGAAAGCGUGGUGAAUGUAACUUCUGUCAUGAACCAACUAGGGCUUGGUCCAAACGGGGGACUGGUGUACUGCAUGGAGUAUUUGGAAGUGAAUGUAGAGCAAUUGGUUGAAAUGAUUCGAGAGAAAGUGGCAGUGCACAACAAUCCAUAUCUCCUUUUUGACUUACCGGGGCAAGUGGAGCUGUAUUCUCACAGCAAAGCUGUUCCUAGAUUGCUGGAAAAACUCGUCAAGGCAUUGGACCUACGUCUAGUGGCUGUCCAAUUGAUCGAUUCCCACUACUGUACGGAACCAGCCAACUUCUUAUCAGCAGCCUUACUGGGAACCACAACCAUGUUGCGAUUAGAACUACCAACCGUUAGCGUGUUGAGUAAAGUGGAUCUCCUAACGAACUAUGGCCCAUUACCUUUCUCGUUUGACUAUUUUACGGAUUGUCAUGAACUUGAUCGAUUACUGCCCUUCUUGCAACAAGGAGGUGACUUUCAACAAAAAGACGACCUUGCCCAAGGCGUUGACGAAUACUACUAUACUGACGACCCAGACUAUCAAGCUGCUAGAAGAAGAACGAGGACGACACCCUUCUUUCGGAAGCAUGAAAAGUUACACAAAGUAUUGGCCGAGGUCGUUGAUGAGUUUGGGCUGCUUUCGUUCUUGCCAUUAGACAUUUCUGAUGCCGGGUCUGUCGGGCGUGUCUUGGCAAAAAUUGACAAAUGCAAUGGCUACAUGUUCGUCGAUCAAAAGAAUUCAAAAGCUGAAGAUAUGUUUAAAUGUGCUGUUCAAUCAGACCAUGCAUCAAAUUAUGAGGCUAUUGCUGACAUUGAGGAGAAGCUAUCAGCCGCUCGGGAACGUCAGCAAAGUGAAAAACCACAGCAGCAGCCCUCGGGUAUGAAUACGUUAUUUGAGAACGAACAGAUAAAGUAA